UUGAAUGAUGAAAGCCGAAAAUUAAUGUUCGAAGCCACUCAAAAAUCAAUUGCCGAACAGGCCAAUAAGGUGUGCGAUAAAAUAACAGAGGAAGCUGUUAUCUUCGAAAAUUCGGGUAAAAUCUGUAAAAUAGAAUGCUCGGAUUGCGGCCGCCAAGUCAAAUUAUCAUCAUCAAUUAACAAAGAAACAGGAAAAAAUUCUUUUUCUGUUUUCAAUUUUUCGCGCCAUUAUUCAUCGGCACAUUCCAAUCGUGGAACUGAAGCUACUGGCUCCUCCGACGAUGGUGAAUCAUCGAAGCAAACCCAAAUUGAACAUAUUCAACGCGAAUUGAAGAACGUAAAGAGUGACAACGAUAACAAGAAAAAUGAAUUGGUCGAUUUGAAUACACAGCUAAUGGCUUCAAAGCAAAGUGAUCAGACCAAGCAAACUGAAAUCGAACGGCUUCAAGCCGAAUUGCAAAAGGUAAAGGGAGACAACGAGGCCAAGGCAAAAGAAAUUGUCGAUCUGAAUAACAAGCUAUCGCAGCAAAGUCAUAUCAUUGCACGAAAAGAUGAAGUGAUCGCAGAAGCACACGAAUUGGCCACCAAACUAAAAGCAGAUCUCGCUGUUUCGAAAGCCGAGUUGACUGGUUUUCGCUCAAGACUCGUUGAAUUGAAAGCCAACCAGUCUGUCAAUUCAAAAUCAACGAAAGUUCAACAAGCCAAAUUCCAAAUCAACCUUUGUUGCUUUGAAGAUAUAAAAGCGCCGGGCAUCACUAUCAAUGCUAACGAGGUAGCAUUCAAAGAUUGUACUGGCAGAGAUGUGAGUUUGCAUUUCAACCACAUCUACCAUGGAUCUGCCAUCGAUGAUAAAUUGAAUGGCAUACGGUCAGCUUUGGAUGCAUUCAUUGCUGGUGGAACCGCGAGCGUAAUCAAUUACGGAACCACGGGAAGUGGAAAAACCACCACAAUGUUUGGACUUGAUGGCAAUUACGGUCUUCUCGGUCAAGCGGGUGACUAUAUAUUAAAAUCUCAACAAUUCAAAAUGUCAGCGUAUGAAAUUCUCGAUGACGGCUGUUAUGAUUUGAUGAGCAACAGAAAGUUGGAUGAAAAACAAUCACCAUUGACGGAAAAGUUGAUUAAGACCAUUGAUGAAUUCAAAGAACUAGUAAAAAAAAUCAACGAUUCCCGAACCCAAAAGUCAACGAGCCAAAACAUCAAAUCGUCGCGUUCGCAUUUGUUUGUGAUUUUGACAAUCGAAAACGAAACAUCAAAAAUGGCAUUUGUCGACUUGGCAGGUUUUGAGAGCUUAGAGAAUGAAGAAAGCAAACAUAUCAACACAUCGUUGAGUGAAUUGAAUCUUCUACUCAUCAAUGCAACCAAGAACCAGCCCUUUUCCCCCAACAAAUCAAACAAAAUGGCAAUCAAUUUAAAGCCAUUUUUGAUGCCACCCAGUCAGACUAUUUUCCUAUGCCAUAUGAACAAUGAUGCAGCAAAAAAAGGUUUGGGAUACUUCAAAGAAUUUGUGUCGUCGACCAGAGACUCGAAGCGACCAUCCAGAGCUCCACUUGCUGAGAUUUCCAACUCAAAGUUAGCCCGCUGAACAUUAUUUCUUUUCA